AUGACCACAGACUCUUGCUUGUACGAGAACUUCGAAGAGUUGCUGGUGGAGGAUGAGCGGCAGCGCUUUCGGAGCUUUAUCAUGUCUGAGCACUCCAACGCUCCUGGCCUCAGUGCUCCUCCUUGCUUACGAGUGUCCUUGAAACGUCUGCCAAGGAACUCUUCAACAGGUUCGGUUUCGGCGCUCCCACCGGUCGGGGUUGACCUAUUCCACGUGCCGCAUAUGUUGGAUGAAGAAACUUAUCAUUUGAUUGCACUCCGAGAAGACUCCGACUCAAGAUCUCUUCUCGAGGUCGUUGGCGCCGAUGUAGAGGUCACUCCUGCCCACACAGAAUCCAGCGACAGGAGAUCAUCAAGGAGCAAUGCCCCGCUCAGUCACGGUACUGUCUCGCAGGUGUCUUCACACUCCCUGCUGCAGAUUGGCAAGGAAGUGGAGGAGAUGACUUUGCUGGUUGAUGCUACCACGCCACUGCUGGAUGUGGACCAAGCUCACCUGAGCUUCGUUCGGCGGCGUGAUAGUGACGACAGCUCCAUGCCCAGUUUACGCCGCCUCGUUCAGCCCACGGAUUGGGGCAACGUCCAAGACCAGCUCCUGCACCUCGCUCGGUCGGCACGGAGCCAGGAGGAUGCACUACACAUGAAGUUGAGAUUGCAGGAUGAUUGCAAGAGAUGCCUUCAAGCACGUCGCGUUAGCGUCUCCACAUUUGUUUCACCAGGUACGGAAAUGCAUUCCGAGACGCGCAACAAGUUGUGCAUUCAGAUGCGAAAAUUCAAAGUUUUGAGAGCACCGUCGUCAAAGCACACGUCGAGGUUCCAAAGCGUCAGCGAGUGCUCGUCUGAAGAUUCUGACUCGAGUUGA